AAAAGCCCGACCAAACGCGGUCUGCAAAUCUGUUGCGAAAGCCGGGAUCAUCGUCAUGCCCAUCCCGUGCUUGCAAACUUUCUGCUUCCUUCUCUCCUUCUCCAAUCUGUUUUUCUUUUUACAUUUUUAGAGUUUGGUAGCGUUCUCUUGUCGCACUUCUCACUAAGAUCUCUACUGCAAUAAACUUGAUAAAACCCUAGCGUCUUUUCUACUUUCUUAGUGAGCUUGACUGUGUAAAUUAGAAGCCUCGCUUUAAGGAAUGGGAAAACAAUCAAGCGCCUGGAUCUUAACUCAGAAGAAGAGAUGGCCACUGAUGAUUCUGGUACUCAUCUUUCUGUCAACUGUAACGGUGUUCCUGAUAAGAUCCACCUUUGAUUCAUGCAACACCAGCUCCGGCUCUAGCAGCCAUUUUGCCGGAGGGGCGGAAAAGAUUAGCGAUGGGAUUCCGUCGGCUGGUCAGGCUCCGAAUCCUCUCGAUUUCUUGAAAUCGAAGCUCGUACUCCUAGUGUCGCACGAGCUUUCUCUUUCAGGUGGACCUCUUUUACUGAUGGAGCUGGCAUUUCUUUUAAGGGGAGUUGGUGCCGAAGUUGUUUGGAUUACUAACCAGAAACCAUCGAAACCUGAUGAGGUGAUAUACAGUUUGGAGAGUAAGAUGUUGGAUCGAGGAGUUCAGGUCUUCCCAGCGAAGGGUCAAAAAGCUCUAAAUACAGCACUUAAGGCUGAUUUGGUCAUUUUAAAUACUGCUGUUGCUGGAAAGUGGUUGGAUGCUGUUCUGAAGGAAAAUGUUCCUCGAGUUCUUCCUAAGGUUCUCUGGUGGAUUCAUGAAAUGAGAGGGCACUAUUUCAAACUAGAGUAUGUUAAGCACCUCCCUUUUGUUGCAGGUGCCAUGAUUGAUUCACAUGCAACUGCAGAAUACUGGAAGAACAGGACUCGCGAUCGUCUAGGGAUUACAAUGCCUGAAACAUACGUUGUGCAUCUUGGAAAUAGCAAGGAACUAAUGGAAGUAGCUGAAGAUAGUGUUGCUAGGAGGGUUCUUCGAGAGCAUGUGAGGGAGUCUCUUGGAGUACGAAAUGAGGAUAUACUCUUUGGUGCUAUUAAUAGUGUUUCACGUGGGAAGGGUCAGGACCUUUUUCUUCAUUCAUUUCAUGAAAGUUUGCAAUUGGUUCGGGAGAAAAAACUGCAGUUACCAUCAAUACAUGCAGUAAUAGUGGGAAGUGACUUGAAUGCUCAGACAAAGUUUGAAACAGAACUGCGUCACUUUGUUCAGGAGAAAGGAAUCGAGGAUCGUGUUCACUUUGUCAAUAAAACCCUAACAGUUGCUCCUUAUCUGGCCUCCAUUGACGUUCUUGUUCAGAAUUCUCAGGCACGAGGUGAAUGCUUUGGAAGGAUAACUAUUGAAGCUAUGGCAUUUCAGCUACCUGUACUAGGCACUGCAGCAGGAGGCACCAUGGAGAUCGUGGUAAACGGGACAACUGGUUUAUUGCAUCCUGUAGGAAAGGAAGGGGUGGCAUCACUCGCAAAUAACAUUGUGAAAUUGGCCACACAGGUUGAGAGGAGGCUGACUAUGGGUAAGAGAGGAUACAAGCGGGUGAAAGAGAAGUUUUUGGAGCACCACAUGUCACAAAGAAUUGCUUCUGUUAUCAAGGAAGUAUUGCAGAAGGCUAAGAGAAACACCCAUUCAUAACUUUUGGGAGCAAGUUGAUAUUUAGUUGAAAAUUCUCUACUGGGGAAUGGCGAUCACAUAUAUGGUUCAUGGAUGACUUUUCCAGGCCCUUGAUUUCGAGGGCAUUGAGUCUUUGGAAAAUUGGUAGCAUUGAAUUUAAUUGGACUGGAAUUAGGAAAAGAAGAGUUGUAUUAUAUGUAUCAUUUUCCUCCAAGUUAAUGCUUCACCAAGUCCUUAAAAAAAAAUGGUUCACCAA